GCGGGCAGCUAGUGGAACUUUACAACUUCGGCCAGAGCCCAGCCAUCAUCGCACCACAAACCCUUCCAUCACAACACUCCGAGGCCGUAGCCGGAAACCUUUUCUGUCCAUCGCCUCUUAUGGCAGUGUUUCAGAGCAAAAAAUUCCGCGGGGCAGCGGAUGCGAACAAGCUAGGGGUGCGCUACAGGGCGCUGAUGGCCAAGCACCCAUUCCUGAUGUUCGGGCUGCCCUUCAUGACCGUUAUCGUGGCCGGCUCUUUUGUCCUCACCCCCGCGACCGCCAUCCGAUACGAGAAGCACGACCGCAGGGUCAGGCAGCUGACCAAGGAGGAGGAGCUGGGAAUCAACAAUGGCGCACGCAAGGUGGACAUGAAGGAGGAGUACUACAGACUGGCCGCGAAGGACCUGGACAAUUGGGAACAAAAACGGGUAGAACGGUUCGCAGGCGAGAGCGACGGCAAACUCUGAAUACAAAAACCACCACACGCUUCAGGACGUCCCCGAGGAGGAGCAGAUCACUGCUUCUAUGACUCCUGGCUGUGCCGCUGCAUAUGUCGGCGGCGGCACCGCCGGCCAGCCAUUCCAAUAGCUUCCCGAUCGUCGUCGUCAUCGAGGUGCAUGCGGAGGAUAGAGGGAACACGGACACGAAAAAUGCCGGUUGUCGACCCUUCCACAACGGCAGGACUGGCGGGCGUGUCGAGCGCGCAUUGGCUAGCAGGGCGCUUGCUGUGAUACAGUCACCGUCGAAGGAGUCCCACGUUUCUUGGGUUGUAUGAGGGGUGAAAGUUGCAUCCUUCCAUGCCGUGUUCUUCACAAGACCUGGCAGAAACAAGACACGGCGACAUUCCAUUUUUUUCAAGUCGGUGCAGCGUCUGGAAGGGGUGGGAACAUGUAACCUGGCAGUGCAUGUGUGAACAGGGACAGCUCGGGUUUUGCGUUUCGGGGCUCUUCGUUGCUAGAUUCCAGAGGAAACACGAGGAAUGCGGAUUACGCAUUGGAGACCCCGGGUUCCUCGUGUUAUCUCACAUCAUCCACAGAUUUUGUGUGUACUAGCACUCACAAGAGAAACGAGCAGUCCAGGCAUACGUGGAAGUUUAUGGGA